UACAGUACAUAAGCGGAUACACACAGGAGAGAAGCCCUACUCCUGCAGCGUGUGUGGAAAUCGCUAUAACAGCACCACUCCACUGAAGAGACACAUGCUCAGCCACACGGGAGAGAAGCCAUACGUGUGUACUGAAUGUGGGAAGGCUUAUAACAGAUUGCAUCUUCUGCGUACACACGAGCGAACUCAUGCAGCAGUUGAGGCUGUUUGUUGAGGAUAUUGGUGUGUCAUUGCUAUUCAUAUGUUGUAGUGUCUUUGGUGGAUCAUUUGUUGUUUUUUGGAAAUGUAAAGUAAGACAGGCCAUUUGUAUUAGAGGCCUGUAACAACAAGAGUUGAGCCUCAUACUGUGAAUUGUUAAUUCUGUCACUGCUUGGAAUUUGAUUGUAUUUUUGAGAUGUGCAUUUUUGUGACCAAGAAUCAUACAUCAAAGGGCAUAUUCUUUUAUUUAGGUUACUCGCCUUGUUUUGACAUUAAAAAGAGUGAAGUAUUGCGCACCUUCCUUUGCAGAAUGAAGAGGACAGUUGCUGCCGGUACACAGGCUGGUUGUUCAGAGGCGAGUGCCAGGCCUCUACUGUAUGUUCAAAACUGAGGGAAAAUAUGUAUUCUCAAAUGUAGGCUCGAGUGUUGUCUUUAUGGUUGAUAAACAUAAUAUUAAUCAAUCUGCUAUCUUGGUCAAUAGACGAUACAGUAUUUCAUUUUCUAAGGCACCCAUUUUGGCUCAACAGCACCCCCAGAGGCAAAACUUCUUUAUCUUUAAUGGAGUAUUCCUUAGGUAAUAAAAAUAGCGUUGCUUAUUUUUGUCUUGCGGUAGGCUACAAUAUUUUUCAAAAUAGAAAUCAACUMAAAUCUAACAGAGCCAUGUUAGUGGUAAUGUAAGUUGGCAGCUUGGAGGACUUAUUCUAUUACUUAUUUUGGAUAAGGUACAGGCGGAAAGAAAAUUGAGUCCAGUCUUGGGUACCGGAAGUUUGGGGAAGUAGAUCGAUGUUACUUCGCUCGUUAGGGAGCAGUCAAAUAAUUUUGUUUUCAAAUUAUUCUGCGCUUUUACAUAAGUAUAUUUAUAGCCAUGGAUGCAUGUGGACUAUCUAAAGACAUCAAUGAUCCAGUUCUCAGUCUUUCUUCUCUGCACCUCCUGGUUCCACCCUUGCGGCUCCUGUCUGCUGCCAUGUGGCAGGUGGCUCAGCAAAGAGAUGUGAGGCACUAUGAGAAGUUGGAGGAGUUUGUGACUCUGGUGACAGAGGCCAUUCCAGAGCUGCUGAGCCACAGACAUAGAGCUCAGCUCAUUCUAGGUCUGAGAGCACGGCUGGUUCUGGAGCUGUGCCGAGGCCCUGUCGACCCUCAAACCAUCCAACCUUACCUGGACAGAAUGCCCACUGUAACUCCAGGAUGUACAGGAUACAGAGAYGCAGAGGUGGAAGCAUCUGAAUCAAAUUUUGUGGUGCUUGUCCAAUCACUGCUAAAGGACCCAGUCGAGAGGGAGUGCUUCUUUCAGGAGGUGUUCCCGGAACAAUAUGGCCGACAUUAUGACACAGCGGUGCAGACAUUAACAUGGGAGUUCCUCUCCAGACUGGAACAACUGUUUCCAGUACCAGACCUCAAGCAGACGGCGACAUGGCUCAGCUCUGCACCUUCAGUCCUGGAGGAGUGUAUGCAGUCUACCCCAGAGAAUCUGAACCUCAUUCUCCAGCACCAUAAGAGUUUUGGACAUUUAAAAGAACCUUGUAAGUCUCCU